GGUGGCAGAAGGGCGGACACGUGGGCGAUUGCGCACCAUCCGAGUUGGGCUUUGAUCGUGAGCUUGACGUUGACUGAUCAGUGAUUGAUCGUUUCUCUCACCCCUCUGACGGGGGACGUGAAGCAGGAAUCAGUUGCAGGUGUGAGGUGUCCGCAGCUCACCUGGUCGCCAUGGGGGACGUGGUUUCCUCUCAGCUGGACGAGAGCAGGAGGGAGAUGAUCACAGCACGCACACGGAAGGUGUUGGCUGAGUUCGGCACGCUCUACCAACAGCAAUAUGGCCUGGCUCUCUUCAACAAGGUGCGCUUCGAGAUCGAGGGCACCGGGGGACCGCAGUCUCAACUCCUUCACCGCAAGGUCCCCCUGGAAGGCAGGUCCAUCUUCUCUGGUGCCGUGUACCAGUACCUGGAGGAGAACAAGAAGUGGCGCAUCCGCUUUCUCUUCAUCCCAGACUCCUACAACAUUGAGUGCUUCGAAUCGAAACAGGCCCACGACAGGGGGCAGCAGCCCAAAGGCGUCAUCAGCUGCGCAGGAUACAAAGUGCUGACCUCCAUGGACGAGUAUCUGGAGCUGCUCAAUAACAGCUUGCCAGGUGUGAAGGCUAAAGCGGGUGGCCCCCCCUUCCCGAAUUCUGCCACUCAAUUCCCCCUCCUGCUGUGGCACCCGUACACGCGGCACUACUGCUUCUGCGUGCUGACGGAGAAGGAGCACAACAAGUGGAUGGCCGUCUUCCAGGACUGCAUCAGACACGCCAACAAUGGUCUGCCAGAGGAUAACAAGGUGCAAACGCCAGCUUUCACCGACUCGGUCAGGCUCUACCGACAGCACCACGAGCAGUACGGCACUUGGGACAUGAUGUGUGGCAGGCCCCCGCAGAUUCUGGCCAACCUUGUGAUGGAGACCCUGGUUCCUGAGCUCAGGAACCUCAUCGGCCCUCGGCUGAAAGGCAAGCUGUACCAGAGGCAGAGAAACUGGAUGCUGAUCCUGGAUGCAGUGUACCACCAGGUGCUGUGCCAGACCCAGGCCCAGUACGAGGCCCUGGUGCAGGUCAGUUAUUCGGGGCAACCUCAGCUGGAAUCCUCCAUUCGCACUGACAUGGACCAGAUCAUCACCUCCAAGGAGCAUGUGACCAGCAAGAUUCGCGCGCUGGUCCAGCCCAAGGCUGAGCAGCUCCUGAAGGACAGCGUGGAGCCCGACAUCACCUUCAUCCUGGAAGCCCUCAUGGAGCCCACGAGCCGCGGAUUCGCCGAGGUGCGCGACCUCUUCUUCCGCGAGCUGACAGACAUGAGCAACAACAUUCAGAACGAUGGCAGCAGGGAGAAGCUGGGGGAGCACAUGGAGAAGGUGUCCAUGCUGGCCUACCACCCGGUGAAGAUGCAGAGCUGCUACGACAAGGUCGAGCAAAUGAACCUGGAAGGCCUGCAGCAGAAGUUCGACGUGUCCAGCCCGUCGGUCUUCAUCCAGCGGGCGCAGAUCCUCAUGAGAGAGCAAAUGGAUAACACAGUGUACACCUUUGAGCACCUCCUGCACCAGUCGCUCAGUGACCAGGAGGGAGAUGAGGUCCCCAAGAUCAUCCAGAGGUGCCUGGACAGAGUCAUGAAGAAAUACGACUAUGACAGCAGCACAGUGCGCAAGAAAUUCUUCAAGGAGGCCCUGCUGCAGAUCAUCAUCCCCUACAUGCUGAAGCAACUGAAUCCAUCCUGUGCACAGGAACUACCCCGGUUCCGUGAGCUCAUCUUCGAGGACUUCUCCCGGUUCAUCCUGGUGGAGAACAUCUUUGAGGAGGUGGUGCUGCAGUCAGCCAUGAAGGACAUCAUGUUGGCGGUGCGUGAGGCAGCAGUCCAGCGGAAGCACAACCUGUACCGGGACAGCAUGAUUCUGGCCCAGAGCGACCCCAACCUGCACAUGCUGGAGGAGAACCCGCCCAUUGACUGGGCCGCUAGCUAUGGGCCUCAAGAUGAGGGUGGCACUGGGGACAGCGCAGAGCUGUGGCGGAGGCGCCGCCAGGUGGUGUCUAUGAUCCUGCUGGACGACUGGCGACAUCUGCAGAAUGAGUCAUGUAUGGAGGUGCCAGGUGUGGACGGCAUUCGCGAAGAGGAGGAAGAGAGCAAAGAGGAGGAUAAGGCUGAGGAAGAGGAGGAUGAUGACCAGAACUCGGACCCCAGUCCCGUCCCUGAUCCAAGCCCUGAACCUGGCUCGAGCCCCACAAAGUCCCCAGACAGCGUGCACGAGAUCCGCGGUCUCAUCAACCCCAUGCUGGAGGUUCUCGUUCCCGUGUCUGAGCUGAACAACCCUGUCCUCACCAAUGGGUUAGUCCUCCAGGGUGAGGAACCCAAAUCGCGCCACAUCCAGGAUGACUACAGCAAAGCACUGCUCAACAGGCUGCUGCAGAAGGAAGGUGAGCCACCAGCAUGGGGCUCCGUAAGGCAGGCUGAGAGCAGGCUCUCUGCAGGAAGUGGCCAGCAGGAAGCUGAAAGUGAGCGGUUCUCUGGGACCGCCAUGCAGUUCGCUGUCCAUCAGCAAGAUGACAGUGGCUUCCAGUCCCCAGUCAGCGAGGGCCUGGAGGAUGAAGGUCAGGCGAUCACCGCUGCAAGGAAAGUGCAGCCUGUCGCUCUGGACCCGGAGUCGGUGAUGGUGACUUUUGAGAGCGGUGAUGAAGAGUCGGAGCUGGAUCCUAUUAGCAAUGUCUGAGUUGAGGAAAGGACUAUUUAAAUUCUUUUCCCCCCUUUUAACGCAAAUGCAAAGCAGAGAGUUUUCAUUCAUAAGUAAUAAUCACUUUUAUCAUCAGCUGCUUGCUGGAAGUGGUCUUUAUCGUAGUUUUAGUUCUGUAUUUAAUACAGGGUGCAUUUUUCUUUUAGUCUAGGCCUGUUGGGACUUGAGCAAUAAAAAAGGAAUCGGGGUAAAGUGCAGGAAGGGAUGUAACGCCGUGGACUCAAUGUUUGCUCAUAGCUUCCGUCUCUCCGUGAUGUGGACAGCGGUGCGGUCUGUUGGCCUCACUGGAUACCGAUACGGUGCAAUCCGACAACCCGUCACCCUUUGCCGUCCCCGCCUACCUGUUAACAUCGCUGCCCUUGAACCCGUCCUCUUGUCAUGGUUACUGCCAUUGACUGCUGACGUCCGGUGUGGUUCAGUCACUGCUAAGCACAUUGAGAGGAAGCGAGGGGGAGAAGCGCAUCGCCAUGUGGCUACACAAUGGGAGACGAGCGGUUGAAAGAGGAUAACUCAACACUUCCGCUUUUCGCCCUUCAGAAUCACAGUCUAGUCAGUGAGGAUGGAAAAAGAAGUACGAUGGCAACUGUGGGCGUUCCGGAGGUGCUGCACACAGAAUGAGGCCCAUUAAUGCCUUGCUUAAAAAUAAGCGGAGAAAAAUUGGGAUCGCUUUUUGCGUUCUGUAGGGAAUAGUUUCAUUAUGUUUGUUUCACGGUUCAGAACUGAUGCACAUUAAUGAAGCUCUGUGUCAGCUAGGGAACUUUCCAGAUUUAAUUAGCCAAAAUUCUUUUCUUCCCCGCCUUGCUCCCUGCAUUGUGAUCAUAUUUAUAUUUACUUUGGUUGCAUUAGUAAUUGCUGUUGCGUCCACUUGAACUCAGAUUUCUUGCUCUAUUUACAUGCACGGAGGGCAAAACCACGGGUUAACUACUCUUCUUCUGUAGUAUUUCACCAUGAUAUAGCUAUUCAGUGCUGUUGAUAGUGAAUACAUAGGAAACAAUGGUUGGUUGAGAAGCACAAAGGUACUUUCUUGCAGUUAUCUGCACUACCUUUGCAUAGUAAAUUCUAAGCAUUCCUUAUCAGGCUUGUGGAACCUGUCAUAUUCAUGGACUGGCAAAAUUACCCUCCUUGUGGUCACUGGUUAUAAAGAGGGGCCUUGUUAUAAAUUUUACCGCUUCUUUGUUUUGAGAAGUGAGCGUCUAACUCGGAGCAUUUACUAUAAUUUUAUUUUGUGCCAUAUUUGAUCUUUUGGUCAUUGCAUGGGUUGUCAUAAGUGCGCAUGAAGAACCGCAGUUCCACUGGAAUAGGAUUUAUAGGAACUACAAGAACACCAUUGCUCCAGCAUGCUUUUGUACCCGUCCUUCCUCUUUAGCACAGCCAAAAACGUCUGUUCUGUUAGCAACUAUAUUUUCCAGUAACAGUCCUCAACACUGCAGUCAAAACCAUCUUAAAGCGGGUCUUUCUGAUACUGAUUUUGAGCACAGAAGGAUGGGUGGCAGCUGGUAGCACUGUGCAAGGUGUCUGAAGGGAGAGGAAUCCUGCCCCCUGCUGGCCUUUGUGACAUAUGACAUGUUCUUUAAAUAGCCCCUCCCACUUCCAGACCAAUUUAAAAGUGCCAGAGAUGCUUUAAGAAGUACAUUUUAGUGAUCUGUCUAUUGAUUAUUUUCUGAUUUUUUUUUUUUUUUUUUUUUUUUUUUUGGGUUAACAUCUCCUAGAUAAUUUGCAAAUUGUCAAAAAAGAUGUCUUGUUGACAGACAUCUGAAGUCCCACUCAUUCCCAGAGUGAGAACAGUGGUCUUCCUGUAUUCUGUGUUUUGUUUUGUCUUUUUGUUUGUUUUAAACAAAGAUUCAGCAGAGGGCCCGUUCUGAACAGGCACGCUGUCGGGCACCUAUGAGAAAUCUGACUCUUGUUGCUAUAGUGUUAUGUAAGCAUGCAGCUCUGCCAUGUUUUUCCUACUAUUUAAUUUAUUAGAGAUGUAGCGCCUUCCGUACCAUUUCCCCUAUUCACCCCCAUUUCACCUCUGUAUGCCUUACAUGCGAGCACAAGUUUGCUUUUAAAAAAAAUAUAUUUUAUUAAAACUGUAACAAGGUAUUCUUACUGAGAAAAUAAAUAAAAAUUAAUAAGUGUUUGCAUCCUUUUUUGUGGUGGAUAUGAGAGGAAGAGUUGACAGUUAAAAUAUAAAUAUUACUUAGCAUUAGUAUUAAUAUGCUUAUGUUAAGGUUUUUAAAUGAUUAUGGAAAUUAAUUUUACUUAUUGGGCUUACUUUAAUAGCAACAGGCAUGCUGAAUUUUAGAUUUUGAUCCUUUCCAAAUGACAGGUUUUUACUUGGGACCAAAGUGUGGCUUUUGGUUUGAAGGAAACAACGGCGGAGAUGGGGAAUUUUUUUUUUUUUUGUGACUGUUGAUGACUGUGACUCACAGGACAUCGGUGCUGCUAGUCACAAACUGGUGAGAUGGGAACCUAAAUUUCAGACCUUGUGCAACACAAACAAUGCAAACUGUCAAUACUAUUAGUUCCCUGCUGAUUUUAUACUGAUUCCUCUACACCGUAGAGAGUAAAAAAAACUAAACAGCGCAGAUUCAGAAACAGCAGAUUCACUCUUUUGCUUAACGGAUGUAAAACCUUGAAGAGUCUUGAUUUGACAUUCAGAAAUGAUUUAAUCGUGUGUUAAAUUUGUGAAAAUGCAUAGUGAAAACAAUGUUAAUUCGUCAGUGGUCUACAGAACAUUGUACCAGCGUUAUACUGAGCUACUUGGUGAUUUACCCAUGUGGACAAUUCAGGGUUUAGUACCUUCAUCAAGGGCACUAUGGCAGGACAGGGAUUCGAGCCCAGUCCCAGCUGCUCUGGGGACUAUCCUGCCCUCUGUCCAGUGAGCUAGCUGCUGUACUUGUUGAAACUAACAUUAUCAUGUUCUAAAUAAACUGCUGGAAGAUGUCACCUGUAAACACGAAUGGAUGUUAAGUACUGUAGUAAUGUCAGCAGGCCUACUAGAUCACAAGUGGAAGUGCUCACUGACUAGAAAUCAAGUGAAUUCCAGGCAUGUGUUGUGUACACUCUUGGGUAAGCCUGGCUCAAUAGUUUAUUUUAAACAAUCCGCUGCAGUGCGCCAAGUUUAACCCAUAACCAUCCACACACCUAGAUGGUGAGUAUUUUAAAGCCUGAUACUAACAUUGCACUGUUCCAUGUAAUUGCCCCACUCAACCACCCUUUACUGAAACUUAUACAACUUAUUUAAUAGAAAAUAUGAGGAACAACAUGUAUCAAAGGCACGUGAAGUCAUGAUUUGCAAAAGACACCAGACCACUGUAAUCGCUCACACUCAGUAACUUGCCUACGCCAUUCACCAGCACAGGAAAUACUCAAAUGGGUCGACACCACCUUCCAUGGUUUGUCAUUUUUACACUUCACCCCUCGUAGCAUGGUUUACUGAUUAGUGAAGUGCUUGAGCAAGCGAAGAGGCAAUGGAAAUGUUUAGCUUGCACAAAGGCAUGUAGGUUCCAUUUGCUGACUAAGCGAUCUUCUGGUCACCUUUACUGCUGGUGUUCAUUAACAAAAUGCACUUUCCUGCUCGUUUUCUACUGUUAAAGUGGAACGAGAAUCACAAAGUUGCACAACAGGAGUGAAACGCCAACAGGUUUCUACAAGUCAUACUUCUGCACAAGAGGGCCACCAAUUUCUCUGACAGGGGCUGCUUAUUUGCAUCACAGCCUUGUGUUCAAUUGCUCAUUUUGUAAAGUAACCCGACAACGUUUUAAAAAAUAAUUUAAAAAAAAAAAAAAAAAACCUGCAUUAAAAGUGCUGUAGAGCAUCUCGCAAAUACGCACGUUUAGCCCUAUUUUUUUUAAAUGUAUUGGAAGCCAGUGGAAUACCUUCUUAGUUUUUCUGCCACCUUCUACACACAAAAAUCUUGUUUUUCCAAUUCUACAUCCAGCAGCGGAGUUGGGUUAGGCAACCGACAUAUUAACACUUUGCAGUGUUUCUUCAGCUAAAAAGCUUGACAGUUUUAUAAACGGAGGCUAUUCCACAUGACACUUUAGACAAAAAAAAAAAAAAAAAA